AUGAUCUUUGCUGCCACUACUAUGGACAUUGUUGAUGAUUAUGAAGAAAGAACAACAGAUACAAUGGCCAAUGCUGUACUUCACGAGUGGGAAGUAACCUAUCCCAACUCUGACAAUGGAAUCCAGACUCUAGUGACAAAGAUGGAUUUUGAGCAGACAACUACCAAUGAGAAGACUUGUAUACAGGGUUCUGAUGCAGACACUUUGGAGGAAGAAAAUGAAAAAACCAAGAAAAAACCUUACAAGCCCAGAGGCACUUAUUGCAAGUAUAUGCCAGAACAGAUGCAAGGACGUUUUGAGUUAGUUAUUGAGAAUGGAUGGACUGCUAAGAUGGCCACCAAAAAAUGGGCAUUAAUGUUUGUACUGACCAAAACUAUAUUGCCCAGUAUAGAAAAGAUAAAGAACAACGUCUUCCUGGAAAACAAUGUUGCUGAAACUAUUCAGAAAGCACGCACUGCCCUGCUAGAAAAAUUUAAAGAUCUGAUGAUCACUCUGUCUGGCCUUCAAAAGCAUUUGGUAAUUCAGUUAAGAAAGGACAAGGUAACUGAAUGGCUUUUCAAUCUGGAUUUUGACUAUGUCAGAGACUGCGUCUUUAUUGAUGAGACAGGUUUCAACAUGCAUAUCAAAUGCAACUUUAGAAGAUCCACCCAUGGAAAGCCAGCAAAAACAACAGUAUCAAUGCAACAAGGUGUUAACAUUACUAUUCUUGAAGCUAUUUCCCAAAUUGGUGUAAUCAGUGUCACCCUGUGCAAACCACAGGCAGUUGUUAGCUCUAAGAAGCUCAAGUUGGAUAAGAAAGUGGAGAAGAUCAAUGGCCAUGUUGGAAUCUAA